AUGCAUGAGCUGGUAGGAACUGGAUCGUUCACCAAACAGCUUGAAGAACGAGUGGAGAUGAAUGAGACGGAAACAGUGACUUUGGAGUGUGAGACUUCUCACACUGUGUCAACAAAAUGGCAGCACAAUGGAGUCGACCUGAGUGGCAUGGACCACCGCGAGCUAGUCCAGGAGGGCCGCAGCCAUCGUCUGAUAAUCAAGCGAGCUACCCUGCGAGACGCUGGAACAUACACUUGUAGUGUCAAGGGACAGAUCACCACUUGUGAGGUUACGGUUCAUGGAAUGAAACCAGACUUUGUCCGCAAAUUAGAAGACUUUGAAGUGAAAGAACAAGAAGUUGCCAUUCUUGAAGUAGAAGUGACAUCUGAAACUGCAGACGUAGUUUGGAAGAAGGAUGGUCUUCCUGUUGAGUGUAUACCUGGGAAGCUGGAAGUGGAGAAGAAUGGUAAUGUCCGCAAAUUGCUGAUCCGUAGCACCUCAGUACAUGAUGAGGGAGAAUACACCUGCUCACUAGGAGAUCAGGAGUGUGCGGCGGAGGUUACUGUCAUCGAACUGCCGCCCCAGAUACACACCAACAUGCAGGACGUGACGGUGACCAAGGGUGAGAAGGCAAUCCUGGAGGUGGAGCUCACCAAGGGAGACGCCCUGGUUCGCUGGUUCAAGGAUGACAAGGAGUUGCACUUCUCAGAACACGUGCAGCUCUCUAUCGACGGCAAGAAGCAGAAGCUGAAGAUCUACCAGGCGGAGACUGCUGAUGCGGGGAUAUACUCGUGUCGCGUGGGUGACCAGCCCGACCAGGUGUCUACGGCCAGAGUCACCGUGGAAGAACCGUUGGUGGAGUUCAUCACCAGACUGCCUGACGUCACUACAGUACCACUCAACUCCGACGCAGUGUUCACAGUCGAGCUGUCACGUCCAGUUGAGGUUAAAUGGCUUAAGAAAGGAAAAGAAAUUAAACCAUCAAAUAGGUACAUCAUUGAGGCAGAUGGAGCGGUCCACAAGCUAACCAUCAAGAAGGUUACUACAGAGGACCAAACGGAGAUUGCAUGCACUGCCUUCAAUGUUAAAACAUCUUCAAAACUGAAAGUGGAAAAGAUCGAGAUUGCUCCUAGGAUCAAGGAGGCUCCCAAGGAAUACAAGGUAAAGAAGGGCGAAGAUGUCACGAUUGAGGUCAAGUUUACAGCCUCCCCUCCUCCCACUGAUGAGUGGACCGUCAAUGGAACUCUCAUCAAGAAAAGCAAGAAGGUUGACUACACAAUAUCUGAAGAGUCAGCUUCUCUGACAAUCAAGAAAGUGGAGGAGGUGGAUGUCGGGUCUUACACACUUCGUCUCAAGAACACUAUUGGAGAAGCGUUUGCAGAAAUGACGCUGAUCAUUAUGCAGGUUCCUGGAGAGCCUGGUACUCCAGACAUCUUGGAGGUGACUGAUGACUCCGUUACACUCCACUGGAAGGCUCCGGAGCAGGACGGCAACUCCCCCAUCACCAGAUACAUCCUGGAGUUCCAUGACAAGGAGGAGUUCAUGGAGUGGCAUGAAGUACAAGAGACCAUCACAACCACCACCCACAAAGUUACCAACUUGACUCAUGAUGCUGAGAUCAUGUUCAGAGUCUCUGCUGAGAAUGAAGUGGGCCGAGGACCCAAGUCUCCCAGCACUAAGUACGUAAGGAUCACAACACCUGUAGCUGCAGAGCCCCCGGUGAUACAGGAACACCUCCAGGACACCACAGUAGGCCUGAACCAGAACAUCACCCUCCAGUGUGUAGUCGGAGGAACACCACUGCCGGAGAUCAAGUGGUAUCGCAACGGAAAGCCAAUACCAAAGUCCAAGAAGAUGACUUACGAGAACCGUGUGGCUACGUACAGUAUGGAGAAAGCCAGUGAGAACCAUGCUGGCACUUACGGCUGCAAAGCAUCCAACUCAGCUGGAACUGCUGAGACGACCUGCAAACUGCUGGUCCAAGAUGUGCCCAAGCUGGAAGUGCCCGAGGCAGUCCAAGACCAGAGACUCACCUUGGCUACCCAGUGGAAGCCCGAAGUCACAUUCAGUGGCUUCCCCCGCCCAGACAUUACCUGGGAGAAGGACGGGGAAACUAUCAUCUCGGACAAGAGAGUUAAGAUAUUCAUUGAUGAGACAACCACCACUAUUGCCAUCUAUAGUGUAGAGAGAGCAGAUACUGGCAGAUACACAGUGCGAGCCUCCAACAUAGCUGGAGAAGCUACGGCAGACCUUACUCUCAGAGUCGUAGAAAAGCCAGGCAGGCCAGAAGGUCCAGUCAAGUUUAGUAACAUCACCAGUGACUCCAUCACUGUGUCAUGGCUGCCUCCUCUAGACAAUGGAGGCUUGGAUCUUACAAAGUACUUGUUGGAGAAGUGUGAGGCAACCAAGCAGAUAUGGACCAGGGCAGCUGAGGUGGAUGGUAAAACGACCACUCACUCUCUACAAAAGCUUAUUGAGAACACAGAGUACAUGUUUAGAGUGUUUGCCAUCAACUCGAUUGGAUCAUCAGAGCCCCUAACUAGUGAGGCCGUUGUUGUCCGGACUUACUUCAACAAGCCCUCGCCGCCCCGGGGCCCGCUGGAGGCGACUGGCAUGACGGAGACGUCUUGUACGAUAUCAUGGCAGCCGCCCGAGGAUGACGGGGGCACCCCCGUAAUCGACUACACGGUCCAUCGCAAGGACACAUCCAAACGCACCUGGGAGUCACUAGGAACCACUACGGAACUUUCACUCAGUGUGUCAAAUCUGGUGCUUAACUCUGCCUACACAUUCAAGAUCGUGGCUCGUAACAAAGAAGGAGACAGCGAACCUUACAUCAGUGAGGACCCGAUUGUGGCCGGACGCAAAAUCAGAAUGAACGAGCUGACUGAGCAAGCUCUUUACGCUUUGCUUGGCAUAUACCCUCCAGUGAAACCCGGAACAUAUUCACCUCCAUCUGCUCCGCUUAAUUUCAACGCCAUCGACAUCACCAGCAAGAGUGUUACCCUACAAUGGCAGCCUCCGGCCAGCACUGGCGGAACUGAGCUCACCGGAUACAUAAUUGAAAAGCAGUACGGCAACAGCAAGAAGUGGUCCAAGGUGGUGACUUUGGACCCUGGACAUCUGCAAUAUUGUGUUGAGAAUCUGAAGGAGAAGUCGGAGUUGUACUUCAGGAUCUACGCUGAGAACAUGAUUGGGCUCAGUACUGCGGCAGCAACCAGCGUCAUCAGCCUGCAGACUCAUGCCACUGUUCCCUCUCCACCAACAGAUCCAUUGGAGAUCCGCAGUUUGGGUCCGAACUCCAUCAUCGUAGAGUGGGGCGUGCCCGAGACAGAUGGAGGGGCGCCGCUGGAGGGGUACAAGAUUGCCAUCCGCGACGUCAAGAAGACCAUGUGGAUGGAAGUGGGUCAGGUGUCUGCGGAAGUGCAGAAACUCACCAUCAAAGACUUGCAAGAAAACCAUGAGUACUUGGUUAGAAUCUUUGCUCGCAAUGAAGUAGGCCUCAGUGAUCCUCUGGAAUCGGAUGAACCGUUCCUGGUCAAGAAGCCUACAGGUAUGGAGGAGGCCGAUGUGGAAGAGCGUAGUUUGUUGGAGAAGGACACACCGUCACUCAGUUUCAGUACAGAGAACACCUCCUCGUGGAUGCGAGAGGCAGGCAUGGAUGCCGACAUCCACUGCUACGCCAAGGGCUCGUUGCUCCGCCGCAGCGAGUACUUCUUCCGCAUCUGGUAUUACGCUAAGCAUUUGUUCAAGUAGAUCCAAAUGACGCUACCGAGACAGCAUUCCCUGAGCUGACUCGAUACCGACAUUACUACUUUAAGGACCAAGACUGAAUGUAUACAGAAUUUUUGAUAUUGUACAUUUCCCUUGUUUAUAUAUAUUGUUAAUUAUACGUGACCACGAAGAUGUCAUAGCCACGUAACUUGACGAGUCAUUAGCUUUAAGUAAUUUUUAACGAACCUGUGAUAAAACAUGUUUAGUCAUGUCAGUCACUAUAGACUAUGUUGUUGAAUUUAUCAUUUUUGAAUGUAACUUUGCUCUAGUGUGUUUUGUUUUGAACCAACAGGUUAUUUCGAUAACAGGGAGAAAAUAUAGGUGCAAUAAAAAAAUUGUUGUCGAUUUUAUCUGUUGAAAUGUUCGGAAAAUAAAGAUAUGUUAUGAUUUAA